AUGUGGUACGAAUUCAAAACUGGAGUUGAAAAAUUUGAUAAUUAAUAUCAAAAGUACUAGAAAGAUGUUCUUAAAAUAUCUGAUGAAUAAAUAUAUAAGUGUGAAUUACUAGAUUUCAUCAAUUAAGAUAGCAGUGAUAUUUAGAAUAUUCUAGCAAUAAUAGACCUUGCUAUUGAGGAGGAAGUGCCAAAGGAUUAUGUAAAAAUAGAGCAGGCUAAAUUAUUAAUUUUAAAGGAUUUAAAGGAGGAAAAUUUAAUCUAAUAGGAGGAAGCUUUUACUUAAGUUGACCCCCAAGACUUUAAAAAAUCUAGAAAUUUAAAACCAACAUAAGUGAUUAUCAAAGAAGAGGUGAAAAAUGAUAAUUAAUGCUAAUUGACUAAUUAGAUAACUGAGGAUUUCUUAGAUAAGACCUAUACUGAUAAUUAAAAAGAUUAAAUUAUAGUGAAAAUUCAGGAGAAGCUAUUUGGUAAAACAGAUGGCUAAUAUGAUGGUCAUUAGUCUGUUUCAUAUAACACAAACUUUAGUUCAGAAAUAACUGAUGAAAUGAUGGAAGAAUUCUAAAAUUUGUUGUCACAAGAAUAAUGA